AUGGAGCAGCUGGAUGGGAAGCACUUGGAAGAAAGGGUGGAUACUCUUGAAGGCCAAGCACGCCGGGCCCAAUCCACUUCUGCAGAUCUUGAACGGAUGCUUGCAAUGGCAACUCAGGAAGCGGAUGGUGGCAGCGCAAACGAAACCUUGGUACGUAUGCUCAGAGAUCAGAUGGAACAAAUCCUGCUGACUACGGACCAGGUCAGUGCCCGUGUGGAUGCAGAACUGGUAACGCUGACUCAACGUGUGGAGGCAGUGGCGAAAAGCUACGCGGGCAGGAUGCUUGGUGGGGCACAGGAGGAGAAGCUGGGGAUACAGGUGAGUGGACUUCCUCCGCAGUACUCCAAGCAGGCAGCUGAGCAAAGAUCCAAUGAGACGGGAGGAUCUACGAUGGAGGCGGCGCCGCACGGAAGAUGGAAAGUCUUGAUGGAGAUCCCUUCCUUUUCGGUGGGAGGAGGAGAAACGUGGGAGUGCAACAUGCGACUUCAGGCAUGGUGGUUGCAGUUCCAGACAAUUUCAACUACGGUGAGUCCUGGUUUCGGGGCGUAUGUGCAUGCCGAGUAUGCGGUGGCGGAACAAAAACAUCAGAAGCGAUUGACUGGACAGUACAAUUUGCCUGAUCUGACUCCAGUACUGCCAGAGCACCAGGAGUACGAGAACCGUUUGAUGCUUACCUUGAUACUUUGUCUGCCACAGGAAGUUCAGCAGCCAGUGUUGGAAAAGACGGGGUCAUCGAAGCUUCGCGGAGUACACCUUUUGGAGUGUAUCUUUCAGGAACAGAUGCCUGGAGGACAGCAAGAGAUGAAGAGCAUCCAGGCCUUUGUAAGGCACCUAGAUCCGGCUUACUCCGCUAAAGAGGGGCUGGAAACCCUGAGGAGGUGGAAACUGGCUCGCACGCGGGCACGCGACUUGCAGCUGCCCGCCGUCGCCUCGUUUGAGGAGGUGCAAGCCUUGAGCUCCUUGAUUCGCAAUGUGGAGCGACGAUCGGCCCAGGAGAAGAAGAAGAAGGACAAGCCGUGUCGGUUUUUCUUUACUCCAGCUGGUGACAUCCCGAUUGACUUCCUCGAUGAACUGAGUGAGGCAAUCGCAGAAGCUCGGAGGGUAAGACUGCAGCGGCAGCCGCUAUGGUGGGUUCACUUGGACCCAGAUGAGUACUCCACAUGGAGCAGCACCGGUCACAUACAAUCUCGAGCUUGCCGGCCCUUUAGAGGAGAGACGAGCCCGUUCGAGGUGGCAGUGGGUGUCUUUUUGUUAUUGGAGAGACAAGAUCAGGUUUUUCCGACCUAUGACUUCGACAUCAGCGAGACGCAGAGAAUUGUGGAAGCCCAUGAUUUGUUGAUCAUGCGUGAGGACCAAGUGGUGAGGCCAGGAUACAUCGCAUGGCUCAUGGACCUUGAGGAGGACACUGAGAUCUUGUUCGCUGUGGUUGAAUCAAGCUCUCGACCUGGAAGGCCGGAAGUUGCGUAG